AUGAUAGAAAAGGCAACAUUUAAUGUUUGGCAAUUGGGCAUUUGGUUCUUCUUCAAUUUUUUCGCAUUCAAUUCACAAGGAUUCAUCGAAGAAGUCGUUAUCAAUAGCGCAUCAGCCAGUCAGAAAAUCAAUAGUCACGCCGGUUAUUAUAGUUUAGCGAUUAUCUAUGCAGUCUUCACAGUUGCCAAUUUUGUCGCCGCUCCGAUCGUUGACAUUUUGUCGCCAAAAUGGGCAAUGGUGUUUGGUGCGCUUUGUUACGCUGCGUUUCAAGCGGGAUUUUUCUUUCUCAAUGAAAUCUAUCUCUAUAUUUCGAGUGCGAUUCUUGGAUUUGGCGCCGCAAUCAUUUGGACUGGACAAGGCUCAUAUCUAUCACAAAAUUGUACAAAGGAUACGACUAGCAGAAACAGCGCCCUAUUGUGGGGAAUCGGUGAGAGCAGCUUGAUUGGUGGCGGAAUCUUUCUGUGCGCCAUGUUCGGAACAACGUCUGCUGCCAGACUGACGCCUAAAACAAUCAAAAUUCUUUAUGGCGUUUUCACGGUGCUUGCCAUAACAUCAGCUUGUAUCUUUGCAUGUCUUCGAUCGCCGGUUUAUCCGGAAGUCAAAGACAACGACAGUUCUGGAGAGUUGAUUAGCGGAACAUUCAAGCUAAUGACGACCAAGAAGAUGUUGUUGUUGUCUGUUGUCUUUAGUUAUACUGGUAUCGAACUCUCGUUCUGGUCAGCCAUUUAUCCAACAUGCAUCUCCUUCACACGUCGAUUGGGAACAAAUACCAACUUCUUGCUUGCAUUAAAUAUGAUAACUUCCGGUUGUGGGCAAGUGACCGCCGGCCUUCUAUUUGGUGUGCUUGGUGAAAAAUUACGAAAAAUUCGUCGUGAUUACGUUGUUCUUUUGGGAGCAGCAAUUCAUUUACUAGCAUUUGGUCUAUGCUACACAAACUUUCCGACAGAAGCAUCGUUGAAACAAUCAGAUGAUACUGGAGCAAUUUUCACUCCAAUAAUUUCCAUCGCCUUGAUAAUUGGAUUCCUUCUUGGCUUCGGAGAUGCGGCAUGGAACACCCAACUCUACUCGUACAUUUGCGACGUAUUCACUGACAAAAGCUCUCAAGCCUUCGCCGUGUUCAGGUUCUACCAAUCUGCACUCUCUUGCGCCGCUUUCUUCUAUUCCCCCGUUGUUCAUCUUCAUUGGCAUUUGUCGAUUCUUUCGAUGACUGCAAUUCUGGCUUCAGUGAUUUUUUUCAUUGCGGAAUCAAUUGAACGCAACAAUGAGUCAAGCAGCGACUCUGCAGAAGUUUCGUCGUUGAAAGAAAACAAAAAUAGUUCAAAAGAAAAUGAUAAAAAUUCGAAAGAAAGUGCCGGAGAAUCAGUCAAAAGUGUGAAAUCGGAGAGGUCGGAUACGGAAGUUUGA